GAGACAUGUUUGUCUCGUUUAUAUUGAGAUUGAGAGAGAGAAGAAGAAAUAUAUAGUGAGGCGACAGCUAGGCGGCGAAUCGACCUGCCUGCUGCAUAUAUGGGUGGAUAUAUAUAGGAGCUAGCGCGCGGAGGAGAAGCAAUGAAGAAGCUUAAUUUGCUAGGUAGAGGGAAUUAACCAAGAAAAGGCAGCAAGCUAGCCAUGGAGGCAUCGAACAGGAGGAGGGGUGGUGGUCGAGGAGGAGGCGGGCGGUGGGCGGUGCUGGUGGCGACGGUGUGGAUACAGGCGGUGACAGGGACCAACUUCGAUUUCUCGGCCUACUCGUCGGCGCUCAAGGCCUCGCUCGGGGUCUCGCAGGAGGCGCUCAACUACCUCGCCACCGCCUCCGACCUCGGCAAGGCCCUCGGCUGGUCCUCCGGCCUCGCCGUCGUCUACCUCCCGCUCCCCGGCGUGCUCCUGCUCUCCGCCACGCUCGGCCUCGCCGCCUACGCCCUCCAGUACGCCAUCAUCCUCGACCACCUGCACCUCCCCUACCCUCUCGUGUUCUUGGUCUGCCUGGUAGCAGGUUGCAGUAUCUGCUGGUUCAACACAGUAUGCUUUGUGCUAUGUAUACGCAGUUUCUCCUCGAGCAAUCGCCCACUGGCCCUCUCCCUCUCCAUAAGCUUCAAUGGGCUAAGUGCUGCAUUCUACACCCUCUUUGCCAAUGCCCUAUCCCCCUUUUCCCCAUCUGUGUACCUCCUCCUCAAUGCCAUUGUUCCUCUUGCCGCAUCUCUUGUUGCGCUGCCAGCAAUCCUCCUCUGCCACCCGCAUGAUGGCCACCUCCACAUUGUGCCCAAGCAUGACAAACAUGUCUUUCUUGGUCUCUACAUCCUUGCGUUCAUCACUGGUAUAUAUCUAGUGAUCUUUGGCUCUUUCACCACAACAAACUCCACUGCAUGGGCAGUCCUUACAGGCGCCAUCAUCCUCCUCGUUCUCCCUCUCAUCAUUCCUGCAUCCUCCAGUUGCUUCCACAUGGGCACACAUACCCCUGAUCCUGCAGUUCCACUCAACCACGAUGAUCCACAAAGACCACUUUUGCUCAAUAAUGAUCAUCGUACAGAAUCUAAUGACAUGAUGCAGAAGAGAGUGGAACACCAGAUGCAGGAUUGUUGCUUGGGGGUAAUACUGGAGAAGGGACGCAUGUUAGUUCUUUGUGAGGAGCACAGUGCAAAGAAGCUCAUCCGAUGUGUUGACUUCUGGUUAUACUACACAGCCUACUUUUGUGGUGCCACUGUCGGGCUAGUGUACAGCAACAACCUGGGGCAAAUUGCACAAUCAUUUCACAUGCAAUCUCAGCUCACCAUGCUUCUUGCUGUCUACUCCUCCUGCUCCUUCUUUGGCCGGCUUCUGUCUGCACUCCCAGACUUUCUUCACAGGAAGGUUUCAUUUGCUCGGACAGGGUGGCUUGCAGCUGCGUUGGUUCCCAUGCCAAUGGCGUUCUUCCUAAUGUGGAAAUUGCACGAUAUAAACACUCUGGUAGCAGGAACAGCAGUAGUUGGCCUAAGCUCAGGUUUCAUCUUUGCUGCAGCAGUGUCAGUAACAUCUGAGCUCUUUGGACCAAACAGCAUUGGCAUGAACCAUAACAUCCUCAUCACCAACAUCCCACUAGGAUCACUACUAUACGGUCAGAUUGCUGCCUUAGUAUAUGAUGCAAAUGGCCUAAAGAUGUCAGUAAUAGACAACCGCAAUGGAAUGAUUGAAACUACGGUGGUGUGCAUGGGGGCAAAGUGCUAUUCGACCACAUUCUUCGUGUGGGGAUGUAUCACAUUGUUGGGGUUGGUUUCAAGCAUAAUCCUAUUCUUCAGAACAAGAACAGCCUACACUGCUGCUGCUGGUCAGCAAGUUGUAACCACCUUAGCCAAGUUUCGAGAUGACAGAACUCCUUGAUAUGUUCCUCACUGCUAUGGAAUCAUGGCUAGUUUGUACAUGUUUUGAUUGAGUUCUAGGUGACCUGGGCUAGUAGAUACUAGAUAACAUACAUGUAAAAAAAUCAUCACAGAGAAAGAAGCGGAUUAGCAUCUUCUGAGAAGCAAAAGUGACGGAUGAAGUUCCAUUUACAGGGCAUUGAUGUUGACAUUCAAGAUGCCAUGAAAUUAAUUUUGAAUGAUUGUUUCUAGCAUAACUCAUAAAAUCAAGAACAUUUCUC